AUGGGCGUGACACACACCGCACAGAAGAUGCUCGAAGCAGCACAUAUAUCCCCACAAAUCUUCCAGCUACGCCCCGACUACCGCGCACUCUUAAUGGUAGCCGAAGGCAUACCCCCAGGCGCAAGCGAUUCCAACAGCGAAGCCCUCCUCCAAGAAGCCGAAACCAGCAUCAAACAACAGCUCUCCAAAUCCGCGGUCACAGAACUUCCUCACAUAGCCGCAUGGAGAGAAGCCUACAAAGCCUUCGGAGCAAAGCCCCAAAAGACCCGCAACAGCCUCGAAGCAUUGACACGUCGCGCGGAGGGUGGAUUACCGCGAGUCAAUCGGUUAACGGAUAUCUACAAUGCCAUCUCUGUCAAGCAUCAGAUCCCACUUGGCGGCGAAGACCUCGAUAAAUACGAUGGAACGCCCUUUCUGAUGCGUGCUACUGGCCAGGAGGAAUUCCAGACGUUUUCUAGUGGGGAAGCUCUGAGGGAACUUGCUGCGCCUGGUGAGCCGAUUUGGUGUGAUCAAACCGGGAUUACUUGUCGUCGUUGGAAUUGGAGACAGGGACCGCGGACUGCGUUGACGGAUGAGACUACGCGUGUUCUGUUUAUUCUUGAUGCUUUGGAGCCGCUUUCUGACGAGGCUCUUGUUUUUGCUGCUGAUGAGCUUGCUUCGUUGUUGAAGGGGUUGGCUCCUGAGGUGCAGACAUCAUACCGGAUCAUUUCUGAGACUUCGGCUUCUGAUAUGUCUUGA